AAAGGUCGGCCUAAACCAAGUUUUAAUGUUGCCAGUAUGAAAUAUUAACAAAUACGCUUCAUACAAAAUAUGUUAAUUAUCCUUAUUUUGCCUAAAUAUAAGGCCAUCGUCAUUUGACGGUCAUGAUAAGUGGGAGAAAAGGUUACUUUGGCUGGGAUUAUUUGUUGUGAUUCCCUUGGUAUAUAGGUGUAGCAAUUGCAAUGAUUAAUUUCAAUUAUAUAAUGUUUUUUCUAUUUCUUCUUAUAAUCUCACAAAGCAUCGGAACACCUAGACCGUUUGAGAGAUAUUUGGACGCACCUGUUCUAACGAGUGUGUCCGGAACUGUACCACCAGGCUUGUUUAUUACGUGGAAAGGAGUAAGCCAACGUGCUGAUGACCCAGUUUUGGGAUUUAAGAUUAAACUAUGGAUCUUGAAACAAGAAACUAAUAUAGAAUAUGAGCUUUUGAAUGCCGAAGAAUAUCCUGGUUACAUUCACAACAUAAAACCAUCGAAGAGUUUUAGGAUCAAUGAAACACUUGGUAUCCCGUGGAAGGAAUUCAUCGUUGAAAGAGAGGCAGAGUAUAUUGAAUACCUUCAUAUUCAAAAUCUGGAUUACAACGUUGUGUACGAAGUUCGUGUACUUGCUUAUAAAAUAGACCAAGAAGGCCCGAUGUCGGAACCAAUCAGGAUAAAGCUAGUGAAAGUGGGGGAAAACUUAGGACACACUAUAAAGAAAACAUCCAAGGGUUGCUCGUUUCUCAUAAAAAGUGAAUUGGGAAAGGACGAGAAUACUUAUCCUUUCGAAUAUAUUACUAACUUUUAAACGAUUUUUUUAUGUUUUAUAGUAGA